AUGGGUCUCGACAUUAAUCUGCGCCGCAUCCGUCGCUUGCGCGUGACCGUCGCCGCCGCAGACGUUCAUGCCAACGCGCCUCCUCCAGCUGAAGUCGUUCCGUCUCCCCGCGAUGUCUGGGAGGCCGCAGAAGCCGACAAGCUCGCCCCGUGGUCCCAAAAAUCGUCGGAGAGCGCUACGAGUCUAGGCGGAACGGCGGUGCCGUCCGCAGCUAUUGUUUCUGGCCGAUCUAUGCUCGCUCGUAGCAGCAGCGUCGGAUGCGGGCCUGUUACGACGGCGGACGAUGACUACGACGAGGAUCUGGAGCCUAGCGACGACGAUGGCGACGACGGCGACGACGACGACGACGAGGACGACGUUUGGGCUCGUUCGCGUGCUCGACCGCAGCAGUCGAGAAAUCGCCCAGCGGUCGCACGGACCGCAUCCGACGUCACGGGUGUUUUCCCCGUCUCCGGGUCCGGUUUCGCCGCGACAGUCGCCGCCUCCUCCGCCGGCGCGGAGUUCCGCACGUUUGAGCGCGCCCAUUCAGGCGACAACCCCGCUCCCGCGCCCGUCCGCCGCCCCGCGCUCUCCGCCUUCCCGCGGAGUCAUUCCGUCGCGGCCCCCGGCGCGCACACCGAGGGAGCUGCGGCGGCAGCAGAUUGGGUUCGGCAGAGCAGCCUCGGCGGAACCCGAACCUCCCGCUUGGAGCGUAGCUCCAGUUCCAGUCUUGAGAAGGACGGCGGAGAGGAGGGGGACGGCGGGGACAGCAGCGGGGAGGAAUUGGCGGAUAACGGGGACGAGCAGGCGGUCGGCAGUGCCGGCCCGGCCGGCCCGGCCGGCUGGGGCAGGCAGCAAAGUCUGCAGCACAAUUUACGCGGUAGGUUUCCUCAGAGUCACUCCGUGCGAGCGGGUGGCGAUGCCGGGGGAGGCGGGGAGGACGCGGCGGAAUGGGGGAGGCAGUAUAGUCUGCGCGGGGUAGGGGCGGGGGUGGGGGGGUCCAUGAUCGAGCGGCGGCGUAUGCCGCGGCUGCACGUGCGGCCAGUCGCGUCGGUCGUCGCUUCUUCCAUCCGCAACCCCAUGCAAAUGGCGGCGCUUGCUGGCGCCGGCGGGGGAGGAGGCGCAGGCGGAGGCGGAGAGCACGCUGCCAUGGCCUUUCCGCGCUCUCAGUCGCUGCACCCCGUCAGGCGGUCGGUUGGGGGAUCCGGGGACUGGGGAGCCGCGCGGGGCGGUUUUGCCGGGCCGGGUAGCGACGACGAGGGGGAGGCGGAUGGCGGCGGCGCAGGCGGGGAAGCAGACGGUGAGGCGCGCCGCGCAGGUGCGGGCUGGGAAGGGGGUGCGAGGAGGCCGGGCGGAAGGAGGACCGCGGGGGGAGUCGGGGGCGGCGGGAACGACGCGGAGCCGAGGCAGUGGGAAGAGGGGGCGGUGGAGGGUGCGGGAGAGGGGGAAGCGGUGGUUUUUGAGCGCACGAGUACUGCGCCAACGGGGGAGCUGCAUGCGGCGCGGUACCGGAUGAUGGAGCGCGAGAGCCUCCGCGCAAUGUACCGCGCGGACAGGGCGCGCCGGCGGAUGGAAGCAGGCUCCGGCGGCGCAGGCAGCAGUGACUUCGGCCGCGGAGGCGGAGGCGGAGGAGGGGGGUUCGGGAGCGACCGGGAGCGGGGGGGUGGCGGGAGGGCGGGCUCCGCCAGCCACCUGCGGUCGCAUUCACUGUUGGCGGCGGGGGAUGACGAAGGCAGCGACGGAGGCGGAGGAGUGGGCGGAAAUGGGGGAAGUGCGGGGGUCGCAACCGCGCAAAGGGGAAGCCAUCCAUACCCCGCUGUUGGCACUUCUCUUCCGCCCAGCGCGCGCAGACCCGCGCCUUCCCGCCACCACGCGGAGGCGGCGCAUGUCCCAUACGGUCCGCCGCAGGGCUACCGCGACCCUUCCGCUUCCGCCGCGGCUUCGGGCGCGGGAGCGGGCGGAAGGGGUCACCGCGUUUCAUUGUCGCUAGGAGAUAUGGAGCAUGCGGGGGAGCAUGAGGGGGCUGGCGGUGGCGGGGGCGGGGCUCUCGCGGACGCGGGCGCAGGCGUAGGCGGAGGGGGAGACGGGGCUCCGGCGUGGCCCUGUCGUCCGGACGUGCUCGCGAAUAGGGGCGCGCACGCGCACGCGCACGCUCCAGCGUAUCCGCACAAGAUUCCGCAGAGCUACAGUCAGGGGAGCGCGGGGGGUAGCCCCGCGCGCAGGAGUGUUAACAGGGGCGGCGGCGGGUAUGGGGGGAACAACAGCGGGGGGGAGAGCGGGGGGGAAGAGACAGGGGGGGGAAGCAGUAGGCGCGGGGGAGAGGCCAGGGGAAGUGAAUUGGGAGGCGCGUAUACGAACAGGUUGGGUAGUGGCAGCAGCAUGAGCAGCAUCAACAGUGCGUUGUGGGCGGAUGAAGGGAGGACGAGCAGCACUGGGGAGAGGGAGUUAGGGUUUGGACCUGGAUCGAGGUCCGUGGGAGGAGGAGGAGGCGGAGGAGGAAGUGGGGGGAGUAAUCAUGGUACUGAUGCUGCUGCUGCUGGCGCUCCUGCGGGGGUAGCUGAGGGGAGCAAGAAGAAGGGAGGGCUGGCGGGGGGCAUGGCUCUUGGUGCGUCGAGGCUGCGUGAGUCGGCAGCUGCACGCAUGUUCAGACGAUCGCCCUCGGUCACUUAA